UCCUGUUUAUUAAUCCUAACAGCUCGAUAUUUCCCCUUCGUUCUCAAAUACCCAUCACUUACUGUUAUUGUUACUACUAUUAUUGAUUGUGCCUUGAGAAAUGUGCAUGUUUUUCCUGUGAUUCUAGAUUUUGGUCCUUACUUAAUCCCUUUGAUUCCUUUUCUUCUGUAGACAUUACUGAAAGAAUGUUUGUUUAGAUCUUGUCCCAAGCAUCCUCUAGCUUGUACUACUGCGGCAAUUUCAUGUCAAACCUGAGAUUCUAACAAGAACCAUGCCAUUUUCGUCCUUCUUUCAUAGGGUCUACUUCAUUUUUCUUUGUUGAUGAUUUGCUAAAUUCAAUCGGUAUCCUUUUCCUUCUUAUGGUUUCUUUCCUCUUUCUCUUACUCCCAACCAUAAUAAAACAUCUGUUAUUUUUCUGAGUAUCAUUCUCAUUCUCAACCUUGACAAAGUCGUUUCCGGCCAGCCAACUUUCCAGUUUAGUAUCACUCUUCUUGUAUAAUUUUUCUCAAUCUUCUUCUUUGAAGAAAAAAAUAAAAAAAUACUGAAAGCAAUGAGGAGACAUUUCAUGAAAAAACAAUCAUUUAUCAUUGUUUUUCUUUUAGUGCUCCUUGUCCUGAAUGUUUCAUGUUUAGGACAACAAACACAGAGUACAGUUGCUCCGAUGGAGAAAACAGAGAAAGAAACUUUGUAUUCUACUAUUCAAGGGUUUGUGGGUAAUUGGUGGAACGGUUCAGACCUUUAUCCAGAUCCUUGUGGUUGGACUCCUAUACAGGGAGUAGAUUGUGAUGUCGUCGACGGUUUAUGGUACGUUACAGGAUUAAGCAUAGGUCCUAUCCACGAUAACUAUCCAAGCUGCACUGAAGAUUCAGAGUUCAGAAGUCAUCUCUUCGAGUUCAAGCACUUGAAAACACUCUCUUUCUACAAUUGUUUCGUCUCUCCUAACAAUCAUGGUAAAUCAAUCUCUUCUCUAAACUGGGGAAAACUUGGUGGAACCUUAGAAUCUUUAGAGUUCAGAGAAAACCCGGGUUUAACAGAGAGAAUACCGCAAGGUUUUGGUGAAAUAAUGCAACUUCAAUCUUUAGUUCUACUUGAAAAUGGAUUAUCAGGUGCAUUACCAAUUAAUCUCGGGAACUUGGUUAGUUUAAGAAGACUCGUUAUUGCUGGUAAUAGAUUUACAGGUGAAAUUCCAGCUAGUUUGAGUUAUUUGAAUAUAGAUUCAGGAACUAAAUUGGAUACGGAUGAAAGUGUAGGCAAGACAUCUGGUUCCGCAGCAGUCCGAUUAAAAGCCUCGGUAUUCUGUUGUACUUUUGAUGGGUCUUUGUGGGAAUUCGGACGUCAGAAGAUGGUGGUAGCUCUUCUCCUCAUGGGCUUCCGCUUCAUCUUAUAAAAAAAAAGAAUUCUUCUUUGAUAGAGAAGUUGCUUACCGUUGUUUUGAGGGUAAUUUUUUUUGUUGCUUAACUAACAUGAAGUGAAAUGGAAAAUUAGUUGUCUAAAUAUGUCCAAGGUUUAGUGUCACUUUUGUGGUUGUAAAGAAAAAUAAAAAGAAUGUUUGUAAGACUCAAAGUUUAAAAACUUGAGGGGGCAUUUGUAGAGACAAAUUAAGAGAGACUUCUUUCCUACUGAGGUCUGCUGAGUCACCUGACGUCGUCAGCUGGAAAAUUCUCAGAUGCAAAGCAGUGUUCAUCCCGCGAAAACAUUCAU